AUGGACAGACUCGUUGAAGCCACAUUGCCAUAUGGUCUGGUCCCUCCAGUGGUUAUGGAGUUUCCCGGUAUCACAGCUGGAGGUGGUUAUGCAGGCACUGCAGGCGAAAGCUCGAGUUUCAAACAUGGCUUCUUCAACCACACCAUUGAGUCGGUUGAGAUGAUUCUCGCAACGGGUGAAGUGGUCAAGUGCUCUCCAACUGAGAGAUCUGAUCUCUUCUAUGGAGCGGCCGGUGCGGUGGGUAGCUUUGGCGUCACUACACUAAUUGAGCUCCGUCUUGAACCUGCANAAAAGUUUGUCGAGACGACAUAUCACCCCGUCACCAACAUGCAGGAUGCAAUCGCGACCCUCGAAAAAGCCACAGCAGACCACAGUCUUGACUAUGUUGACGGCAUCAUGUUUUCCAAGACCCAGGGAGCUGUCGUAACUGGACGCAUGACCGAUACACCUCCGUCAGAUCUUCCCGUACAGACCUUUAGCUCUGCAUGGGACCCUUGGUUCUAUCAGCAUGUCCAAGGUCAAAUCUCCAGACCAGGAAAGGAACCCGUCGUGGAAGCUGUGCCACUUCCCGAAUACCUCUUCCGUUAUGAUCGCGGCGGCUUCUGGGUCGGCGACAUGGCAUUCAAAUACUUCGACUUCCCUUACAACAAAUUUACCCGCUGGUUUNUGGACGAUUUCACACAUACACGAAUGAUGUAUACAGCUCUGCAUGCAUCUGGCGAGUCCAAGCGCUGUAUCAUCCAAGAUCUUGCUCUUCCCUACUCGACAGCCGAGAAAUUUGUCGAUUAUACAUCAUCUGAACUCGACAUCUUCCCUCUUUGGUUGUGCCCAUUGAAGAGAACGCAACAGCCCACUAUGCACCCCUACACCAGAGAAGACAAGGAACUGAUGCUAAACAUCGGUGUCUGGGGCUUUGGACCCAAUAACCGCGCUAAAUUCGUCAAGGCGAAUAGAAACCUGGAAACCAAGUUGCGCGAGUUGGGUGGCAUGAAGUGGCUCUACGCACAGACUUACUACACUGAGUCUGAAUUCUGGGAGCAGUUUGAUCGUAAAUGGUAUGAUGAGCUUAGGGAAAAGUACGGUGCUACCAACCUGCCAAGUGUUUAUGACAAGGUUAAGGCACUGCCGCAGAAGGAAGCUGCCCCCGAGAAGUUCCUCGAGAAAUGGCCUUGGGCUGGAUUCUUUGGCAUCUGGAAGGCUAUCCAGUCCAAGACCUAUAUUCAAGCUAGAAGUGCAACUUGGAGACAGUGGGUCAAGUAA